CUUGCAAACAGGGAGACAAAAAGCUGAAUUGUGCUCACGGCAAAUAAGCAAUUGUAAUUUUGAACACAUCUUUCUGACGUUAGUGCUCCUGGGUUACCAUGUGGACAGCUGUUGUACUGGCUGUGUGUCUGCUGGUUGCUGGAGCUCAGCCUAUAGAUGACCCAACAUAUGGAGUGAAGCUGUGCGGCCGUGAGUUCAUUCGGGCGGUCAUCUUCACCUGCGGAGGUUCACGAUGGAGAAGAUCACUCGUGAGUGAAGACGACCCUUUCACCUCCCAUCAAGAUGAAUCCUCAGAGGGUUUCAACCAAAACGCCAUUGUGGAAAGCUUCUUCCAGAGGAGCAGAGAUCUACGCUUCCCAUCCAAGAACACCCAAGAUGGGACAUUUAGCAGGCAGACCCGUUCCUUCAUCUCUGACGAAAUCUUAGAAGCCCUGCGGAAAGCCGAUCGAAAAGGCCGGGAUGUGGUGGUGGGUCUGUCCAACGCUUGCUGCAAGUGGGGCUGCAGCAAGAGCGAGAUCAGCUCCCUCUGCUGAGAGUCGCCCACUCCCGUUGUGUGUGUGUGUGUGUGUGUGUGUGUGUGUACAUAUUUAAGUACAAACACACACAUAACAAUCAAUAACUGAAAUACACAAGAAGACAGAUGCACUCAUGCAUGCACCCAAGCACACAUCUUUA